ACCUCCACAACCUGCUGAUAGUUGGUGGGAAAAUCAUAGACAAUCAUGUGGUGGCAAAUAUCAUAAAAUUUCUGAACCUCAAAAAGUGGAAAAGAAACAAGUAACGAAAAAUCGAAAACGUAAACUCGAAAAUGAUAAUGCUAGUGGUAGUAACACUUCUUUGGAUAAAUGGUUCUGUAAAAGUUCUGAAGAGAUGCCCCAAAAUUAUAAGUUCAAAAAACGUUGCACCGAUGUUGAUAGUGGACACAAGAGUUCACAGAAUCAUAAUCAACCAAUUGACCUUGAGGAUGGCUCCAAUGAAAAAGGAAAAUCUGUAAAUGAAUCCUCUUCAACUUUUCAUAGAUUAAAUACUGUUCAGUGCCCGAUCUGUGGAGAUAGCACGAUCGAUAACUCAACAAUUAAUGAUCAUAUCGAUUUAUGUAUUUGGGCGUCUGAAAACGGUGAAAAAAUACCAAUUAUGUAA